UCUUGUGUAUAUAUAUGGUGUCUGAAGUUAUCAAAUUCAGUGGCGGAUUAUUUUAGAACUGAUCUCUUGACUGAUAUUCUUUUUUUUCACAUUUUGGAUUCAAAAUGUUACAACCAAAACUUCAUAAUUUGUUUCUUUGUUUGCUUCUUAUUGUUCUGAUAAAUUGUAACUGUUCAAUAAUAAUCAAGACGAAAAGUGGUUUAGUGAGCGGUAUUUGGCAAAAAACCUACAAAAGCAAUAAGCUUUAUACAUCUUUCAAAGGGAUUCCCUAUGCCGAACCACCAGUUGGCGAUCUAAGAUAUAAGGUUCCAGUUCCAGUGAAACCAUGGAAUGAAAUCCUUGUAACUUCUGACAAAUACAAAGAUGCUUGCCCAGUUCUUGUUCAAUCAAUGCUAUUUCCAUUGAAUUCAACACAAUCUGAAAACUGCCUAUUUUUAAACGUCUUCGUACCGGCUUACAAUCUUCUGAAUAAAUUGCUGCCGGUAAUGUUUUUCAUACAUGCUGGAGCAUUUACUGAAGGUGAUGGUCACAGUGGAUUCUAUGGACCUGAUACAUUCAUGGAAGAUGAAGGUGUGAUUUUGGUUACAGUCGAUUAUCGUUUAGGUCCGUUAGGAUUUAUGAAUUUUGAGUUACCAGGCCUGACUGGAAAUAUGGGUUUUAAAGAUCAGCAAUUAGCCUUGAAAUGGGUUAGCGAAAAUAUUAAAUAUUUUGGUGGUGAUCCAGAUGCCAUAACAGUUUUUGGAUAUAGUUCAGGUGGAUACUCAACACACUUUCACGUCUUGAACGAAUAUUCUCGAAAACUAUUCGCUCGAGCGAUUCUCAUGAGCGGUAAUGCCGUCGCGUACUCUGCACAUUAUGAGCCAAAUAAUCAGUUGGAACUUGUGUAUGAUGCAUUUAAAGAUGAACUGAAUGGUGCUAGAGAUCCGAGAAUACUUUACGAUUUUAUGAAAACUGCUUCUCUUGAUGUACUCAUGCAGAAAACGCCCGCUAAUACACUUUUCACAAAUGUGUUGGAACUUUACUGGGGAGCGGUUAUUGAAAAUAAGACCUUGGCCGUUGACCCAUUUUUAAUCGAAAGACCACGAGCUAUUUCUCAAACAACCCACAUUGAUACAGAAAUGUUAUUCGGUGUGACAAGCGCGGAAGCUUUGUCUCUAUUGGUUCCGUCGAACUUAUAUGUUUGGGUCGAUUCACUCACAAAUAGCUCGAGUAUUAGAUUACCUUUCCGUGGAUUGACUCUGCCAAAAAAUUCUUUGUUAUAUAAAGAGAUGCAGCAAGUAAUCUAUGAAUUCUAUUUUGGCAAAGAGAAAAUUCAAAAGAACGUUUAUUAUUUGAAUCAGUACGUACAGAUGCUAUCUGAUGCUAAUUUUGUAUAUUCGUUUUAUGACUCAAUGGAACUACAUAAGAGCACAAAGACGGUUUGCUACUAUUCGAAUUUCGACUUAAAUUUGAAUUUCGUCAAAAUAGAAAGAGGUCUAGAAAUGGUUCAAGGAAUAGGUCAUAUGGAGGAACUGCCGUACUUGUUCCAUUCUUAUGCGUAUCAAGAAUUGUACGAAAAUAUUGAAAAAAAUCCGAAUGAUCAUCGAAAUAUACAAACAAAAGCAGCAAUGCGGUUUGUGCCAAAAUAUUUUAUAGAUUUUGCCAAAUCAGGUCAAACAAUAAGUUCUGAACUAAAUCAUAAUAACUCAGUUACUUGCACGGAGUUAACGAAUGAUGGUUUAAAAUCAAUUAAUAACCCAAGAAAAGAUGCAAUGGACAUGUUAAACGAUGUGUAUGAUCGUGUCAAACCAUGGAUCGUUAAUCAAUUUUAAAUUAGAUUAAGAUUUAAUCACACUAAACAAAUAUUUUAAAACUAAAUCUAAACGAUAAAGUCCCUUUGAUUGACUUUUAACACAUUUUUGAAUUAAAUAAAAAGUUAUAAAGUAAAUAAAGAGUCUUACAGGA